UAUGUCUGUAGUCGGAGCUGUGAUCAAGAAAGUCUGGUGCAUAAAGAAAUAUAUUAUUCUGGUCGCAACGCCACUGAUUCUUUCACCGAUACUCUUCACGCUACCACCACAGGAAGGAAAAUGCCUUUACGUGGUCUUAUUGAUGGCCCUUUACUGGUGUACGGAGGCCUUACCGCUGGCCGUGACUGCCUUGCUCCCAAUAAUCCUUUUUCCCUUCAUGGGAAUCCUUCCGUCCAGCAAAGUUUGCCCGCAGUACUUUUUAGACACAAACUUUCUGUUCCUUAGUGGGCUCAUCAUGGCAGCCGCAAUCGAAGAGUGGAAUCUUCAUCGAAGAAUCGCCCUGAAAGUCCUCAUGUUAGUGGGUGUCCAGCCGUCAAGGCUUAUUCUAGGGAUGAUGAUAACGACGGCUUUCCUUUCCAUGUGGCUGAGUAACACCGCAUCCACUGCUAUGAUGCUUCCCAUUGCAAAUGCCAUCCUCAAAAGUCUGUUUGGUGAAAAAUUCUGUGAAGAUAAAGGAAUGAAGAGUAAUGAGGCUAGCUCAGUUAACUUGGAAAAUGGUCUACAUCCCGUGCCCACGGAAGUCCAAUUCCUAACAGUCAAUGAAGAAGACAAAGAUCUGCCGGAGAAGACAGAUGUUAACAUUGAGGUUCAUCCCGACUUGAUAAAGGAACGACAGUAUCAGAAUAACAUCUGGAAGGCGUUUCUCAUUUCAAUCCCAUACUCCGCCAGUAUUGGAGGAACCGCGACUCUCACUGGGACCGCUCCUAACCUCAUCCUCCUUGGGCAACUAAAGAGUUUUUUCCCAGGUUGUGACGUGGUAAACUUCGGUUCUUGGUUCAUCUUUGCCUUUCCGCUAAUGAUUUUAUUCCUUAUUCUUGGAUGGCUGUGGAUCUCUCUUCUACAUGGAGCAAUAAGACUGAGUUGUAAAAGACGGAAGAAGUCGGAUAUACGGUCAGAUGCUGAGGCCAAAGCAAGAGACAUCAUACAGGAAGAUUAUCGCAAGCUUGGGCCAACAAAUUUUGCAGAAAAAGCCGUCUUCUUCUUCUUCUGCCUAUUUGCUCUCCUUCUGUUUACCAGAGAUCCAAAAUUCAUCCCUGGGUGGGCAUCUGCGUUUACCCCUGGGUUUACCUCUGACGCUGUCACAGGUAUCACAAUAGUCAUCAUUCUGUUCUUUUUCCCGUCGAAGAAACCGUCAUUAAAGUGGUGGUUUGAUCUAAAAGCUCCAAAUAUUGAAAAUAAACCACUUUUAUCCUGGAAGAAAGCCCAGGAAACAGUGCCUUGGAAUAUCAUUUUGCUCCUCGGGGGAGGGUUUGCUAUGGCAAAAGGCUGCGAGGUGUCUGGUCUGUCCACCUGGAUAGGAGGCCGUCUGCAACCCCUUGAGGGUCUUCCUCCAGCCCUUGCUGUGCUCCUUGUCACCAUACUAAUUGCCUCCUUCACGGAAUUCGCCAGUAACACUGCCACCAUCAUAGUCUUCCUCCCCGUCCUCUCAGAGCUGGCUAUUCGACUUAAAGUUAAUCCACUUUAUUUAAUGAUCCCUGGCACGGUCGGCUGCUCUUAUGCAUUCAUGUUGCCGGUCUCCACUCCACCGAAUUCGAUUGCGUUUGCUACUGGACACUUGCUGGUCAAAGAUAUGGCAAAAACGGGAUUCAUGAUGAAUUUGAUGGGGGUGCUUCUUCUCAGCCUGGCCAUGAACACGUGGGCAUCUAGUAUUUUUCAGCUCGGAACGUUUCCCGACUGGGUUCCGAUCCAUUAUCACAACGUAACAGCGCUGGCAUCGAAUAUACAGAACCUUACGACGGGCGGGUGAGUGCCGAGAUCGCCAGAGGAACUUCCUGCGAGCAUUCGGGAAAAUGGCGGCCUUUCUGAGGGAACUUCCUGCAGGUCAGCUCAACGGGAAAGGAAGAAAGACGCUAACGCUGGACUGGAAACCUAUCGGAGCAAAAAAAAUGAUUUUUUCCCCACAUCAAAACCUUCACUUCAUCGAAAAAACAAUAUUUCUUUAAAAAAAUGAUAUUGCCACAUAGCUUUUCCAAAGCUGGAAAUUGAUUCUUCCUGGAAUAAUUUUUUCAUCUCCAAAUUUCCCAUUUUUAUCGAAUGUCUCCACAAACUGAUACAAAAUUAUUAUUAUUUUUUUUUACCUGCACGGCAUAAAAAUAUUCUGUAAAUGAAUCUAUACCAUUGGAAUAUUUUAAUAAUGCCCAUCAGUUUAGUUGCUUUAGAGCUCUUUGCGCUGCUGUGCUUAGUACUCUAACCGUCCUACAAUAUUUCCCAGAAUGCACCCCUUUCCAUGACUUUAAUGUCUCCAAUAUAUAGAGUUUCCAAGCAAAUAAGUUGCCAUUUUGUAUUGAAAUGUCCUCCGAGAGACACCGUAGUGAACUAGCUGCUAAACCCUUAUUUAACUUUGGCAAAACAACGCACAUUUUUUUUAUAAGACUACAGAAACGUUUAUUUCACAUUUUUUAAAGCGACGUUAAUGAUGCAAGUAGGGGAGAGCUGACUCAGGAAAAAAAACACUAAGUUAAAUGUAGGAUUAAAAAUACUAAUUGCUGUGAUUCAUCAUUCGCAACACUCAAAGCUGCUUUUAGGUCUAUUUUGCACGUUAUGAGUAAGUCCGUGACACGUAGGCGCUCAUAGGCAUUACCCACAACGGCCUCUCAGGUCUGUUCACUAAUGUUUAAGUUGCCGGUCAACUAAGUCAAGUCAGAGGACAACUAACCUAAGUUGUCGUUGAGUACUGUUGACUUGGACUGAGUCACUUAACUAACUUUACUCAAACACCUCAUCCACUCACAAGAGGACCAGCCAUUCGGGAGUUGAGUGCCAUCUACUUGGGCAUUGUGGGUCUCCCAUCUUUCUUUCUCAACAUGGCUGCUGUCCAAGUUUAGAGUCUGUUAGAUGUAUUGAGUUCCAUCGAGCUCCUGGUCAACUCGCCCCUUCUGAGGAACCAAGAUGAUUAUGUCGAGUUGGAAUCCUUUCUCCUCUUCAGUCACCUCUUCGUGAAGAGUCACUUGGCUUUUUAUGGCAACUCUUUGCAAGAUGGCGGUCAAAUCGUCCUGUGACGUGAGUGAAGUUUCUGGAGUUGCGGCAUCAGCUUCCCACUUCCUCACAAGUAUUAUUUUCACAAGAAUUGCGAUGUUUAGUAAAGCUGAACCAAGAUGAAUUUUUAAACACUCUGACAGUGAACUUUUUCUGUACAUACUGUAAAAAUAUAGUUUUUAUUAACAGGAAUGCUGUAUAAAUCAUACACAUUAAAUUCUCAAUUUUAUUCUCUGUUAUUUUUUUGCGAUAUUUUUCAUGAUUUUAUUGUUUUUCAUGAUAGGUUUGUAACACUAUUAAGUAUAUUAAAUCCUCUAUUUUAAUGGUGUCUGGCACAUGAGUUAAAGGAAAUAAAAGUUUGUCUCAUGUUA